AAAUAAAAACAAAAAAUGGGCCUCAACGAGUUUGUCUCUCUGUUCUACGGCUCCGCACAGAACUUGCACGUCAACGGCGACGGCAGCAGCAGCAGCAGCAGCAAAUCGGCGUCGACGUCGACGUAUUCAUUGCCAACGGUCGCGGAUGUCAAAGAGUUUCGUCAAAUGUUAAAAAAUCAUAAAAAUAAUGUGCAGGCUAAGAAAUACAGUUACAAGGAUUAUCCCAAUGAUAUGAAAUUCAGCAAAAAUCUGAAUGCGUCGCAAAUCUAUGCAGCGCAGCCGGCGGCAGCUGCCAAAAAGCUGCUCAACACCAGCAACAACAAUAACAACAACAACAGUCACAGCCACAGCAACAACAACCACAACAACAAGGCUGGCAAAGCGCCGCCCGCCACAAGGAUACCAACAAAACUAGCCGCAGCUGCAACAUGCAGCAGCAGCAGCAGCAGCGGCGGCGGCGGGGUCGGCGAAAUAGACGUGCAACGCGGCAAACACAAAUCCGCAACAUCCGCGAGCUCCUUUCUGUGGAAUUCCUUUCGCUUGCCACGCAGGCAGAAGGCAGCGUCCGUAGCAGAUAAAAAACGCGCAGCCGAAUCUUUGCUUUCCGGCGUGGACCAGACAGAACUGCAGGAGCUCAAUGGAUUCGGGCUUCUGUUGCCCGCUGUGCCCAGUCCCGGCCAGACGCCACGGGACUCCAAACGCGCCUCGCUCAGCAAUGAGCUGGUCUGCUGCUGUGGCGCUGACACCGACAGCUGCAACUGCGCCGCCGAGAAGGCGCCCAAGGUGAAGCGUUGUGGCAGCCACGCCCCCGAGGCGUUAAAUUCCGUAGAGCCAAAUGGCUGCCAGCUGGAGCAGCAACUGCCGCAGGAAGCGGAGCCGCAAACAAUUGAACAGCUCAAGGAUGGGGAGAUAUUACAGAACCAUACAAACACAAUUUCCAGUACAAAUGAGCAGGAUCGAAAUGAUACUCAGAGCACUGGAACAAUUCAGCCCGAUACGGCUGAGGACAUUGUCGCCCAAAAUCCCGCCCUGAAAUGCUACGUGGAUAAUGGUUAUUUGAACUACGAGCGUUUGGCCAAAUGCCUCGAGACGAAUGACAAAUGGCAGGAGCAGAAGGAACUCCAGACUUUGGGACUCGCCAUUGUCGUUCAAUACAUGUCCAAGCAGAUGGACAUGCUGAGCUGCCAGGAGAGCAAGGCGAAGAGCACGCUAGAGGAGACAAUUGCGCUGUUGCAGCAGACGCAGCACAGCUGCGAGGAGCUGCGCCAGCAGCUGCACGAGAAGGAUGUGGAGUGGGCCCAGCGCCAGCAGGAGCGGGAACAUCUGCAGCGCACCGAACUGCAACAAGCACAAGAAAAAGUGCAGGAGGUGCAACUAAUUGCCAAGGAGCGUUUCCGCGAGCUCGAGUCCCAGCUGCAGGCCAAGGAUGAGGAGAAGAAGGAGGCGCUGCAGGCGUAUCAUCAGGAAAUAGCCCAUCAGCUGCGCCACAAGCAGCAACAGCUCACAUUUGCCGAGCAGCAGGUGCUCCAGCUGCAGACACGCCUGCAGGAGCACGAGGCGCAGGAGCAACAGCUGCGCGAGAAGCUCACACGCAAGGAGAACACGCACGCCAUUCGCCUGGCGGCAAGCACACAGCGCGAGGAGGAGCUGCAGGAGCGCAUCAAGACGUUGACCAAGGAGCUACAGACGCUGCGCGCCAGCACCGAGCACAAUGAACGCGAUCUGCGCGAUCGCCUCGCCCUCUCCCAAGACGAGAUCAGUGUGCUACGCAGCUCCUCGCAGCGACGCAGCCCGUCCAACAGCCAAGCGGACACCAGCGCCGAACUAUGCCGGCUGACCAGCGAGGCGGACAGCCUGCGUUGUGUACUGGAGCUGAAGCAGGCCGAGAUUUCGGCUCUGUCCAAGCAGAAUGCCGAGCUGCAGCGAGAGAACGACGAGCAGCGCGGUCUGGGCAGUCGCCUGACCAUGCUGGAGGCACAGAACGAGAUGAUGCGCACCGAACUGGAGGCCAAAACCGAGAAGGAGAAAGAUAUCCAGCGGCAGAUGGAGGAAAUGCAAAAGGCCUUCAACCAUGAGAGCAUCAAGCGCAAGCGCCUCACCUGCGACAAGGAGGAGCUGCAGUAUCAUCUGAAGCAACGCUCCGAGCAGCUGCAGCUGGUGCAGGCGCAGCUGCACGAGCUGUCCAAUAGCUCGCAGGACAGCUCCCUGAAUCACGGCUACAGUCGCUGCAAUUCGGCGCGCUCCUGCCUGGAGACGUCGGCACAUAAUACAUCGAGCACAUCGCCACCAGCAUCGCCGGUCAUCAAGGGCGUCAUCGAGCGCAACGAUUCGGUUAGCUGGGUGCUCGAGAUGGACGAUGAGACGCCGCAGGUGGCCGCCUCGAAGCUGGUGCGACGCGCCGGCUCGCUGCGCAGCACCAGCGAGCGCAGCCCCACCCAGCGCCGCCAACUGUCGCAAAGCGCCAAUGCGGCCACCAGCAAUGGGCAUGUGAGCAGCCAACAUGGACCCAAUCCGCUCUCGCAGAGCAUGUCGGCCACGGCCUUGAUGCGCAGCCAUGGUAGCCAGGAGUUGGAAUCGGCGCGUCCGCUCUGCCGUGCUCGCUCCCAAUCCGUUUGUACCAAAGCCUCGAUCCAGCGCCAGCAGCAGCUGCAGCGCCAGCGACAGAGCAGCGAUGCGCUGCCUCUGCCCGAAUGGCAUGUGGACGAGCUGUGCUCCAGCUCGCCACAGCCGGCGCAAAGCCACGCCGAGAUGCGGGCACGCAGCAGCACCAUGAAGUUGAUGGCCUGUGUGGACGCGUACCCGAAGGCGCUGAAGAAGUUCCAGGAGAUACAGGAGUCCGCUGGCGAGGCCAUGGUUUCCGGCGCCAAUUCCGAGGAUGAGAGCUGCUCGGCCUCGUCGGAGGAUAUGCGCAGCUCAUCCGCAUCCAGCACAGCGUCCGCGGCGGGCUGUACGCUCUCCAAGCGGCAAAAGCAGCCGCCGUCGCGCAUGUCCAUCGAAGAGGCAUUAAUGCUCGAACAGGUCAAUAGCCUGAAUGGCACGCCCAUGGAGGUCAGCUGGUCGGAGGAUGCCGCCGAUGCGGAUGUUGCCGCCGCGGGCCACCCACUGGCAUGACAGGCACCCGUCGAAGAUGAUGUGGGCUACGAGGAACGGGCCGUCAUCGAGCAAAUAGCCGAGGCAGCCGAAGAGGCUUAUGAAAUGGACGCCGAUGCGCAGCAGGAGGAUCUAAUUGUGGGCGGCGACGACGACGAGGAGGAGGACGCGGACGCGGACGUGGAGGACGAUUACGAUGAUGAUAGCUUUUAAAGCAGGCGCGCAUAAAUUGUAGAACAAUUCGAUGGGCAACAACAAAACUAAACUAAACUAAAGCAAAGCUUGGCGACAGAGUCAAGAAUGUUUAAAAAAUUAAAUGAACAGAAAAACAAAACGCUAGAAAUAAGCCUAAACAAAUUUGGAUGAAUUUGCUGUAAAUAAGUUCAUAAAGGGGCGCUUCAAUGGAUGAGCUUUUGGCGAGGACAACAAUAUACAUAUAUAUAUCUGGAUUUUCAUUUGCGGCUAUGAUUAGAAAAGAGAUACAUAUUACACCUAGAUACAUGAACACAGCAAGCGGAUCCGUCACAGUCUUAAGAGAACUCCAUAUGGAUUGAUAGAAGAGAGAAGAAAAAGAAAACCAAGCCAAUCACCACAAAGAACAUGUGUUAUAUGUAACACAGUUAACGUUUCGUAAAAAUCAAAAAUUGAUGCAAAAUAAUAACAGUAUAACAGUAGUAUAAAAGUAUAACAGUAGAGCAACUCUUCGAACUACUUCAAUGAGAAUACAAAAUAAAAAAAGUAUAUAUUUAAAACAAAAAUUGUUUCAAAUACGGUCAAAUACGCUAUCCGAGUGCACAUAUUGAGUACGUACCGUAUCUAAUGAGAGGGUUAGGCAUUUAGCUCAAACAGUAUAUUAAUAUAUUUGCAUUCAACUUAUUAACUAUACAAUACACAUUUAUAUCUAUACAUAUGCAUAUUAUAAUGGUAUUCUAACCUUAAAGAAUGUGGAGUAACUCGAGAUAUCGUACAUAUAUAUAUGAAAAUAAUGUUAACCGGAAAUCCAAAAUAAGUCUAGCCCCCACAUAUUACCCAUUGAGCUCAAACGGAAAAGUUAAGUAACAAAAAAAAAAAAAAAAAGGAAAAGAAAAGAAAAACUCACUUGAUGUCCUUAAUUUAAAAAUCUAAAGCCCGCUAUGGAAGGGGCUUAAGUACCCCUAUUUAAUAUCUAAAAUUGUAAAAUCUUACGAAGUUCUCCGCUGUAAAACUUCGAACCUUAAGCUUUAAUUAAUUUUGUGCGAGUGUUUUUUGUGAAAUUUAUUGAGCCUUAUUUAUUAUUUAGUUUUUAGAAUUCAGAUUUAAAAAGAGCAACAUCUAUGUUAAUUGAUUAACUAGCCUAUACAUAUAGAUAUUACAUUUAGUUUUUAGUUUUUAGCAUUUAGUUAACUUUACAGUUUUUAAUUUGUUAUCAUUGAUUGUAUCUGUAUCCGUAAAUGUAUCGAAAUCUUGCAAGUCUUAUAUGUGUAAGCUAAAAGGAACCGCAAAAGUUUAUAACACGCAGCAUUGUCAUUAAUUUUUAAGUACUAUUCAGAUACUCUAUAUUAUUUUUAUGUGUGAGCCCAGCAGCAGCAACAACAACAACAAGAACAACUGAACAGAAAUUGUGUCUAUAUCUAUAAGAAAAGAAAGAAAGAUCAGAUUAUAUAACAGUAUAACACAAAUUGCAAUCCAAGCAAAAA